AUGAUUAAUUUACAUACAUUUUCACUAGUUCAAACAUUUUUCUCAAUCUUAACAAUUGAAUGGACAGAUUUUGAAAUACUGACAUCUUCGAAUGUUAUGCCUGUUCUUCGACGUGCUAAUGUAUCUCUGUUUAUUAAUAUUAAUGACAUAAAUAAUAUUAGUUCAUCAGGAAUCUUUACUGAUCAUCGUCAUGUUGAUGUUCAUUUCGCAUUUAAUCUUCUUAAUUGUUCUCAAUGUAUCAAAAUAAUACCGUAUAUGCUACGUGAAAAUCGUUUUUAUUCACGAGAAAUUGUUGGUGCAACAUUUCUUGUUAAUCACUGGUCUCCCAGAUCAGAAUGGCUCAUUGAUAGUGAUCCUUUUGUAAGUUAUUGUUUGAUUAUAUUUUUAAACGCCUUUUAUUUCAAAAUGUAAUAUGAAGGCAACGAAAAUCAUUGUUCUUUACUCAAUAAUUUAGUUUUUAUCUAACAAUAUGUCAAUGUGUUUCAUACAUUUAUAGGAGUCGUGGACGUCAUUAUUAUCAUCAUAUGUGGUAUACUCUUCCAUGGACAUUUGAUGAAUUCUUCCACGAAUAUAUUCCAUAUAGAUGGAUUACCAAAGUACAAGUGUUUGAAAUACGUAGCGCGUUCAAAAAGUAUCGGGACUAAUUUUAUUAAAAAAC